GUCCGUCCUUACAGGACACAAAACACUUCUCUUCUCUGCUCCUCCGCAGAAGAGAAAAAUCCUAUAUAACUCCUCAUCUUUCCCUGUCUAUCUCUGUAAUACACAAAAUUUUAUCUAUCAAAUCCUGAUUCAGCGUCUCGCAUCGCUGAAUUUAUAUACGUAUCUUUGUUUUCGUCUGUUUUUUUUUUUAUUCGACGGCGGAGAUUUUAUCCGGAGUGCUAGAUCGAGGUAUGCAGCAGAGUGAUCAGACGGUGUUGAGCUUGAGACCUGGUGGUGGUCGAGGGAGCAGACUCUUUGGUUCUCGCUUCGAUAACUCUUCGUCAUCAUCAUCGUCAGCUGCCGCAGUUGUCAAUCUUGCUUUUGGCGAUCUCCCUCUAUUAAGUCCUUAUGGCGGCGCCUCUCCUUCUUUUUCGAUUAAGACUGGAGACUCAAGGUUUGAGGGCCGCGAUCGUGCACGUUACAGUAGAGAGCAGCUGUUAGAGCUUAGAAAGGAUAUUGAAGUUUCUGAAGAGAUUCUACAAAUCAAACGAGAAAUUGAUGUUGAACUUUUUGGUGAGGAACAAAGUUGGGCCACGGGAGAAACCAAUCCUCUGAAUCAGUCUCAAAGCCAUAAUUCUGAGCCUGAUAAUCGUGACUGGCGUAGUCGUUCUACUCCAUUUUCUACCUCUGGAGAUGACAGAUCCUGGGAUUCCAUUAGAGAGAACAGAGAGCUCGGUUUUAAUCGCCAAGACCAACUCAACUCCCAAUUUUCAAGGGCACAAAUCUCUGCCAACCAAACGGGAGGACCUGCUCCUAUUUUAAUAAAGGCCGAGGUGCCAUGGUCAGCUAGAAGGGGGAAUCUAUCUGAAAACGACCGUGUCUUGAAGACUGUGAAAGGGAUAUUGAACAAGCUUACCCCUGAGAAAUUUGAUCUCCUUAAGGGCCAACUUAUUGAUUCUGGCAUUACUUCAGCUGAUAUAUUGAAGGGUGUUAUAUCAUUAAUAUUUGAUAAGGCUGUUCUGGAACCCACAUUUUGUCCCAUGUAUGCGCUUUUGUGUUAUGAUCUUAAUGAAAAGCUGCCCCCCUUCCCAUCUGAUGAACCUGGUGGUAAAGAAAUCACCUUUAAGCGAGUCCUCUUGAAUAACUGCCAGGAGGCAUUUGAGGGUGCUGACCAGCUGAGGGAAGAAAUGAGACAGAUGAACGCUCCAGAGCAAGAGAUGGAGCGCCGAGACAAAGAAAGAAUCAUUAAGCUCCGUACUCUUGGAAACAUCCGUUUGAUUGGGGAGCUACUGAAGCAGAAGAUGGUACCUGAAAAGAUAGUCCAUCACAUCGUUCAGGAGCUCUUGGGACAGGAUAGCAAAACUUGUCCAGCGGAGGAAAAUGUUGAAGCCAUCUGUCAGUUCUUUAACACCAUAGGCAAGCAACUUGAUGAGAGCCCAAAAUCAAGGCGUAUAAAUGAUAUCUACUUUAGCCGACUGAAGGAAUUGACUACAAAUUCCCAACUGGCUCCACGAAUGAGGUUCAUGGUUCGUGAUGUGCUUGAUCUGCGAGCAAGUAAUUGGGUUCCUAGGCGUGAAGAGGUAAAAGCUAAAACCAUUACUGAAAUCCAUUCUGAGGCAGAGAAAAAUCUCGGCUUGCGUCCUGGUGCCACUGCAAGUAUUAGGAAUAAUCGUGGUGUAAUAUCUGGGCCCCCUGGGACUGCUGACCCUGGGGGUUUUCCAAUGAACCGACCAGGAUCAGGGGGAAUGAUGCCUGGCAUGCCAGGUACUAGGAAAAUGCCUGGGAUGCCCAGAAUUGAUGAUGAUAAUUGGGAGGUUCCAAAGACCCGGUCGAUGCCAAGGGGUGAUGGACCAGGUAUGCAGGCUGUAGGCCGUGUACAAGCACCAUUGGUUAACAAUUCAUCAUCAGUGAAUGCUAGGCUGUUACCUCAGGGUAGUGGUGGGGUCAUCAGUGAGAGGAAUAGUGCCUUUUUGCAGGGUAUUGGUGGCUUCCCCCCUUUUCGACCAUCCGACUUUGCUGUAAGCACUGAGCCUGCAGAGGCGAAACCUUUUCUUGCUAUGUUUGUGCCUCCUGUUAUGGAGAAAUCCUCGGCUUCAGUUGCAAGGUUGAAUCCAGAUGAACUUCGGAGAAAGACAGUAGCGCUCUUGGAGGAAUAUUUUAGUGUCCGAAUUUUGGAUGAAGCAUUCCAAUGUGUGGAGGAGCUAAAGACUCCUGCAUACCACCCUGAGGUGGUCAAGGAAGCUAUCUCCCUUGGAUUGGAGAAAAGUCCUCCGUGUAUCGAACUAGUUGGGAAACUUAUGGAAUAUUUGUUCACCAAGAGGGUUCUUACAGCGAGAGACAUAGAGACUGGUUGUCUCCUAUAUGCCUCGAUGCUAGAUGAUGUUGGAAUUGAUUUACCGAAGGCGCCAAAUAAUUUUGGUGAGAUAAUUGGAGAACUAAUUUUGGCAGAAGCAUUGGAUUUUAAGGUUGUGACUGAGGUCCUUAAGAAGAUGGAAGAUGACAUGUUCCGGAAAGUGGUGUUUGAUGGAGCGAUGAGGUUAGUUGCUUCUGGUCGUGGGCAAGCACUGUUGGAUUCACAGGCAUCAGAUAUCGAGGCUUGCCAGAGCCUGCUGUAAGAGGCAUUCCGUUUGCAAGAGUGUUUGAAACUUCCAAUGCUUAUUUUCACAUCUCGACAACGCCCUCUUAGCCGACUUUUUUUUAGGCAAGCAACUUUGUAUUCCGUCAUAAGGUGGAGCUCCUAAAAUGGGUCAUUUUGAUUGAGUUGUAUAUCUUUCGAUGUUAUAGCAGUUUGUUAUUGACUAAAGAAAUUGAACCAUAAUACCCAUGGAUUUUGCUCUCGAUUCUUGGCCAGGUAAAUGCCUGAAUGAUCGAGAGGGUGACCCUUUUAUAAGGGAACCAGCUCCAGCUGUGUUGUAUUUGAUUAGUUAUUUUGCCAUCUUUUUUUUUUGUUUGAGACUGCGUUUGAACCGGUUUAUUAUUGAAUCAUCGAUACAGAAUUUGGAUGCUCUA